GAGCCGACUCUUUCUUCCCCUUCCCAUAACCUUCCCCGACCAUUUCAAGCUGUCUUCACUUCUCCGCAGAUUCUCAACUUCACCAUCCUUCAAGAUGCCUUACAGGAUCAACGUCUCUCUUAAGGACAAGAAUGGCGACCAGUCAAAGUACGAUGCUGCCAAGAAGCAAGUAGAGGAGCAAGGCGGCAAGAUCGUCAACGAGUACACCUUGAUCAAGGGCUUCACUGCCGAAUUCCCAGACGACAAGGUCUACUCCCUCUCCACCGACGAUCACAUCAAUGUCGAGAACGAUGGCAAGGUCACGACUCAAUAAACGUAGAUGGACGAGCAGAAGAGAUAGGAUGAAUUAUGGAUAUGGACGACUAGUCAUGACCAAGGUUUCGGUUCUUCAUUCAAUACAGACACCACUUGAUUCGACAUGACUUCGGACUCCCACUUGACAGACUGAUAUAAAAGCCACAAAAUGACGAUAGCCAAAGCAAAUGGACCUUGCAGUCUGAAUUUACAUAUUGAA